UUUGCUUUUGAUAUUGUACUAUCGGUCGGACGAUGCUUCAAUGUGAAAUUUCUGACAACCGCUGUCAUUUCUUUCUAAAGCUAGCAGAUAUAUGAGUAAAAGAUUGCGCUGCCAAAACAGUUGCUAUAAUCCUUUUUAACUCAAAAGUCUGAUCAUCAUAUUGAUAGGAUCGAUAUCAAUAGGUUCCAGGCAUGCAGCAAUGAAGAAAUCUUCAAUAUACCCCAGAUUUGAAAUGAGUGCUUAUGGGAGCGACAGAUUUGAUCCUCAUGUGGACUUUUCCCAGUUCUUGGCAGAAGCAAGACACCAUGCAAGAGGAGUAGAUUUGCAGAGCUCAUCACUGCGUCCAGAAGAAAAUGGACAGGGAAGAUCGGAGGAGGAAGAGAAAAAGGGAAAGAAAUCAUGGAAAAACAAUCUCUUUUCAUGGUGGAAAACAAACAGAAAGAACAAGUCGCCUCAGGCCAGUAAUUGUUACAAUCAUAUUCCAAAAAGACGGCGGAUAUUGUCCGGUCCAGUCUAUGGCAGUGGUAAGACCAAUGAUGGCAGGCACCGGCGUCCCACUUCCGGGCCUCUCACCGGUCUUUUCAACCCCACAAAGACGUCGGAGAAUGAAAUACCUUACAGUUGUCUUCACCAGCUUGAAAGUCCUCGUUCUGUUCACACCUACGGGCCUCUUUACCUUGUAACGUAGUAUAUGGACAUCAACAAGUUCAUUGGGGAAUUUUGACUUCUGUUUAGGUGAAACAAUUGAUUUCUAAAUUGAUAGCAUGCAGCAAUCGGAUCAUUUUGUAGAAAAAUGCAAGGCUUUUGCAGCAAUCCAAGCAAUGACAACUUCAUUUUACCAUGUAUCAUGUUUCCUUGGUGUAUGAAUUUUAUGUAAUAUUGCUUUUGCUGCUAAUACGUUACCAGAGAACAAUGUUUCUCAUUGUUCUUAUC